AUGGAGGACCUCAAGAAACAGUAUAGCAAAAUAAAUAAGGAAUUAAGAGAGCAAAUCAUUCAUUAGAUCUUAGAUGAAAAGAAGUCAAUCGCAGAUGUAAUUCUAUGUUAUGUAAAAUAGGUCGCCUAACAACAUAAUAUAUUAUUAUCUACUUGUAAAUCCAUUAUUAACACGUAUAUGCGAGAGGGAAGAGUUGGUAAAAAAGAGAGUCGAGUAAGGAAACUUAAAAAAAUAAUUCGAAUAUAUGAUAUUGUAUUAAAUCCUGUUCAGCCAUAAAUGUCCACUUACCUUUAUAGUCAAAAAACAGAAAACUGCAUAGAAAAGUCCAUUAAGAGUUAGAAAGAAGAUAAUGAAUAAAAAGCAAUUUAGGAAAAUCAAAAUAAUGAUAAUUUUAUGAUGCUUUCUUUAUGGUGUGAACAAAUCAAGAAAUAAUUCGCACCCUAUGGGUAACCCAACUACAUAUUCCAACCAAUCACUUAACCUUAUUAGAAAUGA